AGCCGCGCUACUGGCCCCGGCCCCGCCACCGGCAUGGCCUCGGGCAAAGCGGCAGGGGAGCGGCGCUGGGAGCUGGUGCGCUGGUACGUGCGAGAGGGACGGUUCCGGAUCGAGGAGAGGACGCUGACGGCUUUCCAGUGGCUGUACUCGCCCCACCAGCACCGCAUCGUCAGCCGGGCGGACCUGGGCUCACCCAGCAGGAUUGACAAGACGAUGCUCGCCAGCCUGAAGAUCAAGAAGCAGGAGCUGCUGAACAGCUCAGAUGCGACCGUCCCGGAGCGGCCGCUGUCCCCGCCGCUCACCGCCCCGCCGAGCAUGAAGUCUGCAGAGUUCUUCGAAAUGCUGGAAAAAAUGCAGGCACCCAAGCUGGAAGAACAGAGAACUGGAAGCCAAAAACAUAAGGAAGACUACAUCCCAUACCCCAGCAUCGAUGAGAUCCUAGAGAAGGGCAGCCCAUACCCACUGAUCAUCCUGCCCCAGUUCGGGGGGUACUGGAUCGAAGACCCGGAGAACCUCGGCACGCCCACCUCGUCUGACAGCAGCAUCUGCGAGGAGGAGGAGGAGAGCCUCAGCCCCAGCACCUAUGGCUACAAGCUGGAGUGCAAAGGAGAGGCCAGAGCCUACAGGAAGCACUUCCUGGGGAAGGAUCAUCUCAAUUUCUACUGCACAGGCAGCAGCCUGGGGAACCUCAUCCUCUCCAUCAAGUGUGAGGAGGCAGAUGGCACAGAAUAUUUGAGGAUUAUACUCAGGUCCAAAGUGAAGACACUGCACGAAAGGAUCCCCCUGGCAGGGUUCAGCAAGCUGCCCAGCAUCCCCCAGAUUGCAAAGGCCUUCUGUGAUGAUGCCUCUGGGCUGAAGUUCAACCCAGUUCUGUACCCCAAGGCCUCCCAGAUGAUUGUGUCUUAUGAUGAGCACGAGGUCAACAACACCUUCAAGUUUGGUGUCAUCUACCAGAAGUUCAGGCAGACCCAGGAGGAGGAGCUGUUUGGCAAUAAUGAGGAGAGUGCUGCCUUCAAGAGCUUCCUGAGUUUCCUGGGGGACACCAUAACGCUGCAGGACUUCAAAGGCUUCCGCGGAGGCCUGGAUGUCAGCCACGGGCAGACGGGCACGGAGUCGGUGUACACGGUGUUCAGGGACAGGGAGAUCAUGUUCCACGUCUCCACCAAGCUGCCUUUCACGGAGGGAGACGCCCAGCAGCUGCAGAGGAAGAGGCACAUCGGCAAUGACAUCGUGGCCAUCAUCUUCCAAGAGCAGAACACUCCCUUCGUGCCUGACAUGAUCGCCUCCAACUUCCUGCACGCCUACAUCGUGGUGCAGGCCGAGAGCCCCACGGCCGACAGCGCAGCCUACAGGGUGUCAGUCACGGCCCGGGAAGAUGUCCCCUCCUUUGGGCCCCCCCUGCCAAGCCCGCCAGUGUUCCAGAAGGGCCCUGAGUUCCGGGAGUUCCUGCUGACCAAGCUCAUCAACGCCGAGAACGCCUGCUGCAAGUCCGACAAGUUUGCCAAGCUGGAGGACAGGACACGGGCUGCCCUGUUGGACAACCUUCACGAUGAGCUCCAUGGGCACACCCAGACCAUGCUGGGCCUGGGGCCUGAGGAGGACAAGCUGGAGAAUGGGGGUCAUGGAGGCUUUCUGGAGUCUUUCAAGAGAGCCAUCCGGGUGCGCAGCCACUCCAUGGAGACCAUGGUGGGCAGCCAGAAGAAGCACCACGGCGCUGGCAUCCCAGGCAGCCUCAGUGGGGGCAUCGUGCACAACAGCAGCGAGGUGACCAAGACCACCUUCUCGCCCCCAGUGCCAGCAGCUGCUGCCAAGAACCAGUCCAGGAGCCCCAUCAAGCGCCGCUCGGGGCUGUUCCCUCGCCUGCACACCAGCUCUGAGAGCCAGGCCGAGAGCAGGACAAGGUGCGACAGCGUUUCUGGAGCCCAGAAGACUCCGGAUUUGGGACAUUCUUCCCAAGAGAUGAAAUCUGAGACCUCCUCCAACCCCAGCUCCCCUGAAAUAUGCCCCAACAAAGACAGGCCGUUCAUUAAGCUGAAGGAGAACGGGAGGACGAACAUCUCCCGCUCCUCCUCGAGCACCAGCAGCUUCAGCAGCACGGCAGGGGAGAGCGAGACCCUGGAGGAGUACGACAGCGUGGGCAGCCAGCCCUCCACCGCCUCGCCCUUCAAGCAGGACGUCUUUGUCUACAGCGCCUCGCCUGGCAACGACAGCCCCGGCAUGGGGGCUGCGGCCACCCCUGUCAUCAUGAGCAGGAGCCCCACAGAUGUCAAGAACAGGAACUCUCCAAGGUCAAACCUGAAGUUUCGCUUCGACAAGCUCAGCCACGGCAGCUCCAGCUCGAGCCACUAGCAGGAGGAAGGAGUCGUGAGCUUGUCACAGAGGAUUUUUGGUUUCAGCAAAGGGAAAAUCUUCAGUGUCCCGUGGGAAGAGGCAAGCCCUGGCCCUGGGCAGCACGGUGCCCUCACCCUGCGCCGGGGAGAAGCUCUCACCCUGCUGCCAUCCUGCCCUGGCAGGGACCCAGCCACCUUCCCACCGGGUGAACCCCUCCCAGCAAACACCCUGCACCCCUCCCUCUGUGCCUGGGGUGGGGGAGAUCAUCUCCCACUGCCUGGCACCCACCUGUGGCCAGGGGCUGUGUCCCCUCCGCGGUGCCAUGUCACCCCCUGGGCACCUGUGUGUGCUGCAGCUGGUGGGUGCCAGGCGGGCACCACCUAUCCAUUCAUCCCCUCCUGGCUUGCCCACUGGCUCCUCUCGGGCAGAGGGAAGCAGAGUGAGCCCCUGGCCCCUCCAUGCUUUGUUUGCAGCUGUCAGUGGGGAAGCAGAGGGUCUGUGUGUGUUUGGGCAGGGGGGUGGGCAGGGUGCUGAGGUGCCUGCUUGGCCCCACCGCUUGCUGUUGCUUUUCUCAGUUUGGAGGAAGUUUGUUUGUCCCAGGUUAAGCCUUGUGAAGCCUUGUGCCUGCCUCUGCAGGGAGGGUGAAGCUGGCUGGGCUGUGCCCUGUGGGUGGAGAAGCAGAGCAGCCUCCUUACCCCCCUCCAAACUCCAGCUGGGAACAGCCAGGUGGAGUUCCCAGGCAGAGGUUUGGAGGAAACCGCCCAGGGGGCUCUCCCUGGGGCAGGGAGGCUGCAGCAGCUCACCAGCUGCCCCCUUCUAGCCCAUCACCCACCUCACAGAACCCCUGGGGCAGAGCAGCCUCUUGCUCUGUGCUCAGCUUCUGGCACAAGAGGAGGGUUGAAGCGGCCCUGGGGAGCAGAGCCGCUUGCCAGGGCCGACUCAUCCUCUCUUGGCAGCCUCGGGAAUGGUUUCUGUGUCCUCCCUGCUUUUCCCUGCCUGAAGCUCUGAGCACAGGCCUGGAGAAGGUUAACCAAAGCUAGAGCUGUAGUAAACCUACAGACCAGAGCGGGGACUCGGAGGGAAUGCUCCUGACGGGCUCCGCUUUGCCCUGCGGCUGGAUCCCCAGGCUCUGGAGACCUGGGGGGCAGUAGGCUGCUGCCCCCUCACAGGGUCUGUCCUGCUGCUUCUGAACCUGCUUCUGUUUGUUUUGAAAGACAAGGGUUAGGAAUUGUGCAAGGGAGCAUCCCUGCAAUGCCCUUCCC